ACCGCCUGUGUCAGUAUUUCAGAACACAGGCCAGCAUUUAGUCAUUCCACAUGAAAGCUGCAGGCACGCUGGUCUGCUCAAACCUUUGGACUACUGGAACAUACAUAUUUUCUUUCUUUUUUUGUAUGUUCCCACUUGGCAGAGGACAAUUUAGUUAACACUGUUGGUUCCAGACUGUGCGUCCCACCCGUCGCUGGAUACUUUUACGCACAGUUGUUGAACACGCCAAAGGACAAUGCCUCGCUCUUUCUUGGUUAAAAAGUACUUCGCCAAACAAAAGCCAAACUACAGUGAACUGGAAUGUCAGAAUGAUACGUCACUGGACAAAUAUCCUCUCGCUGAGCUCUCAUCCACAGCCACCUGCUUGACAGCAGGUUUGGUGUGGGACCUCAGCGUCCUGCCUGCUCUCUACCUGCCCACCUCCCAAACAGAUCCCUCGACCAUCCCGGGUCCUUUGGACCUCAGCUCCCCGUGCAGCCUCAGCAGCAGUGCCAGCAGUAGCGGCGAGGAGGAUGAAGGGCGUACAUCAGACCCCCCCAGCCCAGAACCCGUGCACACGUACGCUCCCCGUCAGCGGAUGAAAUGUACCGGCGUCAUAGCCCAUGUCAGCCCUCCGGAGGAAGAGGACAGGGAGCCUCCUGUAAGCGCAAGCAGGCCUGCCUUCCUCUGCAAACACUGCCCGAAAGAGUACACCAGCCUCGGGGCUCUGAAGAUGCACAUCCGCUCACACACCCUGCCCUGCGUGUGUACCACAUGUGGAAAGGCUUUCUCCAGGCCGUGGCUGCUGCGCGGCCACAUCCGCACACACACAGGCGAGCGUCCGUUCUCCUGCCCCCACUGCAACCGAGCGUUCGCCGACCGCUCCAAUUUGCGAGCUCAUCUGCAGACCCACGCCGAGGUGAAGAAGUACCAGUGCAGCGUCUGCUCUCGCACCUUCAGCCGCAUGUCAUUGCUGCAGAAACACAGCUCCUCCGGGUGUUGCUCCGCUGCUGUGUGACAAAGCUCAGGAUGGCGGAGGACCGAGGACUGGUGACAACCACUCGGUCCGCGAUGCCAAUGAAAUUCCAGCCUUAAGAAAAACGGAGGGAAUCAGACCUCAUUGCGGAUCUGAAUUUUACAAGCCUCUUAGCCCUGCAGAUUUUUUUCCAUUCUAUUUUGAAGUCAAGGCUGUCGGACCAAAUCCGAAGCGAGCUGAUCUUCCCUCGAUAUCAGCCCCUUUGCUGCCAUUACGUGCCUUUCCCAAGACCAAAUAUGUACUGAACUCAAGAGGUGUUCGCUCUUGUCUCCGUCCCGGUGCCGGACAGCUCAGGAUUGACAACCCAGACGCAGCUGCUGAGAGGUAGGAUCUGCGUGGGUGCUAUAAACCUCUCAGUGUGCCUCCAACACACGCAGAAACAGAAAAGCCAUCGUGCACACACAGCUGUCCCCGGUACUGCGGCGUAGAUAGACAAAGUGCUAACAGGUGCUUCGGGAGUGACCUUCGCCGGCGGAUAGCGAGUCGCUUUCAAAAAGAUGUCGCAUGUUGCCACAAAGGACAGACGCUCAUCUUAAGCUUUUAUUUUGACCACAGCCCACCUUCCCUUUAACUGAUGAGUUCCCACGAUAGGAACUUGACAAGCCGUGCACUCAAUGUUACCACAGUGUUAAUAAUACCAGUCAAAGCCAUACGUGAAAUGAAUUUGUGCCGAGAGAUUUCUUUUCUUUAUCUUUGUCUUAUUUACCUCAUUAGCGUUUGUGGCUUUAAAUGAUGUUUGCAGUAUUCAAAUUGUUGAUAACCAAAUAGUUUCAAAGCGAAAAGGCUGGGACCAAA